AGAAAAUUUAACACUCCUCCAACUUCCUAUGCAAAGAAUACAUAAGACGAAUAUCCGAAAGGUAUGUAGUGCUCUUGUUUGAGGUCUAGGGAUCCAUCCUUGACGGGAACAUACAGCGGAAAGUAAUUUAAUACGUCAAAUCGUGGAUUGAUUUUAAAUUGUUUUUUAAGAGUUGAUUAAAUCUUCGUUGUGGGCGUUUCGAUUGCGGAUAGCAGAGCGAGGAGGCCUGAGCAAUUUUCAGCCCGAUUUUGAAUCUAGGGUUUUGUUAGGGUUUUAAGGGUUUGCGACACCAAGGGGCGAAAAUGAGCGUUGUGGGAUUUGAUUUUGGCAACGAGAGCUGCAUUGUGGCCGUGGCCAGGCAGCGCGGUAUUGAUGUUGUGUUGAAUGAUGAAUCGAAGCGGGAGACUCCUGCUGUUGUUUGUUUCGGCGAGAAACAGCGGUUUAUUGGCACGGCGGGGGCGUCUUCGGCGCUUAUGAAUCCCAAAAACACGGUUUCUCAGAUUAAGCGGCUGAUCGGGAAACACUAUUCCGAUCCUGAUGUGCAGCGGGAUCUGCAGAGUUUGCCCUUUACUGUUACGGAGGGCAGCGAUGGGAACCCGCUGAUUCACGUGCGGUAUCUAGGCGAGAGCCGCGCGUUUACUCCAACGCAGAUUCUUGCGAUGAUUCUGUCCAAUCUUAAGCAGAUUGCCAAAGAUAAUUUGAAGACGGAGAUUGUGGAUUGCUGCAUUGGAAUACCGGUUUAUUUCACGGAUCUUGAGCGCAGAGCUGUUUUGGAUGCCGCUUCAAUUGUUAACCUAAAUCCACUAUGCUUGUUACACGAGACAACAGCUACUGCCCUGGCCUAUGGUAUUUAUAAAACAGAUUUGCCUGAAAGUGAUCCGCUUAAUGUUGUAUUUGUCGAUAUUGGACAUGCAAGCAUGCAAGUAUGCGUAGCGGCUUUCAAGAAGGGAGAACUCAAGGUUUUAGCUCAUGCUUUUGACAGAUCUCUUGGUGGGAGAGAUUUUGAUGAGGCGCUUUUCAGGCAUUUUGCAGGGAUUUUCAAAAGCCAGUAUCAAAUUGAUGUUCCUACUAAUGCUCGUGCCAGUCAGCGGCUGCGGGCCGCAUGUGAGAAGCUCAAGAAGGUUUUAAGUGCGAAUCCUGAGGCACCGCUUAACAUUGAGUGCCUGAUGGACGAAAAGGAUGUGAGAGGGUUUAUCAGAAGAGAUGAGUUUGAGCAACUUUCAUUACCCAUUCUUGAGCGCGUCAAGGGGCCCUGUGAGAGGGCUCUGUUUGAUGCAGGGCUCACUGUGGAUAAAAUCCAUUCGGUCGAGGUUGUGGGUUCUGGUUCGCGAGUUCCUUCAAUGUUGAGGAUAUUGACAGAGUUCUUUGGUAAGGAACCAAGAAGGACAAUGAAUGCUAGCGAGUGUGUUGCUCGAGGUUGUGCUCUGCAGUGUGCUAUUCUUAGCCCAACGUUCAAAGUGCGGGAUUUCAAGGUACAAGAAAGUUUCCCUUUCUCAAUUGCACUGUCCUGGAAGGGGUCUACUGAGACAGAAGAUAGUGGUCCACAGUACUCUAUUGUGUUUCCAAAAGGCAAUGCAGUGCCAAGUAUGAAGGCUGUAACUAUUUUCAGGCCAGGGACCUUUACGCUUGAUGUACUAUAUGCACCUCCCAGUCAAGUUCGGGUACAACAGAUAAGCUCAUAUACGAUUGGUCCAUUCCAGACUCCAAAUGGUGAAAGGGGCAAGAUUAAAGUAAAAGUGCAAUUGGAUAAGAAUGGAGUUGUCUGGGUUACUUCUGCAACUUUGAUUGAAGAAGAAGAAGUGGAACUUCCUGUUACACCUGCUAAAGAAAAUGUAAAGGAAGAAAAGGAAGCUGUUGCCAUGGAGACAGAUGAUGGUCAAAGCAAUGGUGUGUCUGGAGCUGAUGAAAAUGCUGACGUGAACAUGCAGGAGGGAAAAAAUGCUGCUGAACAAGCAUCAACAGGAGCAACUCCAGAGAAUGGAGCUUCUGAGCUGGAUGAUAAGAAUGGCCAGAUGGAUACGGAUGCUAAGGUGAAAGUGGUGAAAAAGAAAAAGACCAAGAAAAUUGAAUUGCCUCUUGCAGAAAUUAUAUAUGGUGGCCUGGAACGAGCAGAAUUGCAGAAAGCUGCAGAGAAAGAGUUUGAAAUGGCCUUACAGGACAGAAUUAUGGAAGAGACCAAGGAAAAGAAAAAUGCGGUGGAAGCAUAUGUUUAUGACAUGCGUAACAAGCUCUAUGAAAAAUACCAGCAUUUUGUCACAGAUCAAGAAAGAGAUACUUUGACCACAGUAUUACAGACUGUUGAGGACUGGUUAUAUGAUGAAGGAGAGGAUGAAACAAAGGGAGUAUACAUUGCAAAGUUAGAAGAACUAAAGAAGUUUGGCGAUCCAAUUGAGGAGCGCUACAAGGAAGAUUUGGAAAGAGGACCAGCAAUAAGACAACUCGAACACUGCUUCACUAGUUAUAGAGAAGCAGCUAUUUCCACAGAUCCAAAAUUUGAUCACAUUGAUGUUGCUGAAAAACAGAAGGUUGUAAAUGAGUGUAAUGAUGCUGAACAAUGGCUGAAGGACAAAAGGCAACAGCAAGAUCUUUUGCCAAAGCAUGUCAACCCUGUUUUCUUGGCUUCUGAUGUGAAACGAAAAGCUGAGACAUUGGAUCGGUUUUGUAGACCUAUAAUGACAAAACCAAGACCAGCUCCAGCAAAGCCACAACAAUCACCACCAUCUCCACAACCUGCUGAAGCCCAGGCAAAUGAGAAUGCCAGCAACAAUACUCCCCCACCAGAAGGCCAAGCACCUCCUUCCGAGCCCAUGGAUACAGACAACACCCAGGCACCUGAAAAUGAGUGACACGCCUCUAUAAUUUGUGUAUACUCAAAUUUUCUUAUUAUAAAUUCAUUUCUAAUGCUCAUUUUGUUGUGUAGCUCUCCUAGUCUGGUACUUCCUCCAAGGGGGAGGAUAGAUAUAUGGUAGGAUAUGAAGAUGUCAGUCUGACAAAUUUAUCUCUAUCCUAUGAUUUGGGAUCUUGAAGUAUUUUUUAGCAGCUAGCAGCAUCGACUCUCAGCGCAUAUAUAGGUUGCUUCAGAUUCCCUCCAACUUAUUGUAAAUCCUGAAUUCAAGAACAGGAUUUGUUUUUUUGCUUAUUUAGAAAUUUAUUUCAAAGCAUCCAUCUUGCCUGAAUGCAUUGAAUUUCUGUUGCAGUUGGGUUGGUGAAAUUUUGGACAAAUGGAAUAUUCCCUCAGGACAUCCAUUCAUAGUUAUUGUUGUACUUUUGUUUCUUGGGCAAUGCAUUAAAUAGUGCGUUUACUGUGAUCA